CUCUGAGCACCCGUAGCUUAAACCGCAGUGUUUGACAGCACCGGGGUCGAUUAGCGCGAAGCAGACAAAGUACUGCAACUGUCAUUACAGCAAAACCUCUAAGUACAAUGGGUCGAAACGUGACUCUCGCUACCUGCUCGUUGAACCAGUGGGCUUUGGAUUUCGAAGACAACAUGAAGAGAAUCCUGAAGAGUAUUGAAAUUGCCAAGAGUCAUGGAGCAAAAUACAGACUGGGUCCAGAGCUGGAGAUUUGUGGUUAUGGCUGUGCAGACCACUUCUAUGAGUCUGAUACAUUGCUCCACAGUUUCCAAGUUCUGGCAAAGCUUCUGGAAUCUCCUAUCACACAGGACAUCAUCUGUGAUGUGGGAAUGCCCAUCAUGCAUCAUAAUGUGCGCUACAAUUGUCGUGUCCUGUUCCUCAACAAAAAGAUUCUGCUGAUCAGACCAAAGAUGCUGAUGGCCAACCAAGGGAACUACAGAGAGAUCCGCUGGUUCUCUCCUUGGAACCAGUUGAGGAAAGUGGAGGAGUACUUCCUGCCCAGAAUGAUCCAGGAAAUAACAGGCCAGGAAACGGUUCCCUUUGGCGACUGUGUUCUGUCCACGAAAGACACCUGCGUCGGCACUGAGAUAUGUGCGGAGCUCUGGAACCCUAAAAGCCCACAUAUUCAGAUGGGUCUGGAUGGGGUUGAGAUCUUUACUAAUUCUUCUGCUAGUCAUCAUGAACUCCGCAAAGCUGACCAGAGAGUCGAUUUGAUCAAGUCAGCCACUACAAAGAGUGGAGGUGUCUAUUUGUAUGCCAACCAGAGGGGCUGUGAUGGAGACCGUGUCUACUACGAUGGCUGUGCAAUGGUGGCAGUCAAUGGAGACAUUGUGGCACAAGGAGCACAGUUCUGCCUGAAUGAUGUGGAAGUGGUUACAGCCACAGUUGACCUUGAAGAUGUGCGGAGCUACAGAGGGGAACGAUGCCAGCCAUUCAUGGAAAGUCAACCUAAACCAUGCCACAGGGUAAAAGUUGACUUCUCUUUACAUACUAGUAGAAAUAUGUACCUUCUCACCAACCAACCAAUAACGUGGCGCUUUCAUACACCAGAGGAGGAGAUCAGUCUAGGUCCUGCCUGCUGGCUGUGGGACUACCUGCGCAGAAGUGGACAGUCUGGUUUCCUUUUGCCUCUGAGUGGAGGGGUUGACAGUUCCUCCACUGCCUGUAUUGUCCAUUCCAUGUGUGUGCUGCUCUGCCAGGCCAUUAAGGACAACAAUACUCAGGUACUGGAGGAUGUCCGCAGGAUAGUUGGGGAUGACUCCUACAGCCCUCAGAACCCAAGGGAGCUAUGUGGACUCCUUUUCACCACCUGCUACAUGGCUAGUGAAAACUCAUCCAAGGACACAUGCAAUAGGGCCAAAGACCUGGCCAGUCAAAUCGGGAGCACACACAUGAAUAUUAACAUUGAUAUGGCAGUGAAAGGAAUUCUGGGUAUCUUCUCAGCGCUUACUAGCAAGUGGCCUCAGUUUCGUGCAAAUGGGGGAAGCCACAGAGAAAACCUGGCUCUGCAGAACGUACAGGCUCGAGUCAGGAUGGUCUUGGCCUACCUCUUUGCUCAGCUGAGCUUGUGGGCUCGGGGUAAACCAGGUGGACUGCUGGUGCUGGGCUCAGCCAACGUAGAUGAGAGCCUGACAGGGUAUUUCACCAAGUACGACUGUUCCAGUGCUGACAUAAACCCAAUAGGAGGCAUCAGCAAAACAGACCUGAAGAGCUUCCUACUUUACGCUGUUGAGAAGUUUCAGCUCACAGCUCUCAAAGGCAUUCUGGCAGCUCCACCCACUGCUGAACUGGAGCCACUCAAAGAUGGACAGGUGUCACAGACAGAUGAGGUGGACAUGGGGAUGACCUACUCAGAAUUAUCUAUGAUCGGGCGACUCAGAAAGAUUUCCAAGUGUGGCCCGUUUAAUAUGUUCUGUAAACUUGUUAACAUGUGGAAGGAUGCAUUCUCACCCACACAGGUGGCCCAGAAGGUGAAGCACUUCUUCAGAAUGUACGCAAUGAAUCGCCACAAGAUGACAACAGUGACUCCGUCCUACCAUGCAGAGAAUUACAGUCCUGACGACAACCGAUUUGACCUUCGACCUUUUCUGUACAACACACGCUGGACCUGGCAGUUCAGGUGCAUCGACAAACAGGUGUCUCAGAUGGCGGCGAAUGAUCCAAAGGAAUAACAAUCUGAAAUUCUAAGUGAAUAUACAGUACAGUACAAUCAAAUAUUAAACUUGGAUUGGAAAAAAGGUGUAAAGAUGCUAGUGAAGUACUUUACUGUCUUAAUACUCUGGGCUAAUCGGAAAGCAAGAAAGAAACAAUGUAUUUUUUUUUUAAUAAUUUUUUUAAAGUACGCAAACCUUUUAUUUACCUGUAUCUAAUUUAAAAGAUCAGUAUUUCCAAAGUUGAUCAUUUGGAAGAACUACAGGACUACAGUUUGAAAACACAGUAAGAUGAAAGCUGCUUGUAGAGGCUGUAUUGAGAGAGAGUUUUUUUUUU